GUCUCCACGCGCUUCCAACGAGCCACUUUCUCCAAGAUGUUACUACGGCACGAGCAGAACAAGUCCAACUAGAUAUGAUUGUGUGUUAUAUGUUGAGCUUGGUUUGUAGAGUCGAAGAAAUAAUCCCAGCGAGAUAGCCGCGGCUCGUUUGCUUCUUUCUUUUACUUUUGAGACGCUUUGAAAGCGCGACAGCAAAAGGUGAAGAUUUCCAAACACCGAGCUUGCAAAACAGCUGGGACCGAAAGAAACGGCUGGUGGAUCCUAGAUUGAUCUGGUUUGAAGAAGAAAAUUGUCACCAUGAGUUCCGACAAGGGCAAAGUGGAGGAUGAAGCUGUCUUGGACAGAGGAGCAUCUUUUGUCAAGCAUGUCUGUGAUGAAGAGGAAGUAGAAGGUCACCACACUGUGUACAUAGGUGUGCAUGUUCCUAAGAGUUACCAUCGGAGGAGACGUCACAGACGCAAGUCUAGCCACAAAGAGAGGCGGGAACGGGCCGAACAAGUAACAGAAGGAUACAAGUAUGAUGGGGAGAAUGUGGAUGAUCCCAGUGCAAAUAUCCUAAAACCUUUAAUUUCUCCAGCUGAGAGGAUUCGGUUUAUCCUGGGAGAAGAAGACGAUGGCCCGCCGCCUCCACAGCUCUUCACUGAGCUGGACGAGCUUUUGUCCGUGGAUGGGCAGGAGAUGGAGUGGAAAGAGACGGCCAGGUGGAUCAAGUUUGAGGAAAAGGUGGAGAAAGGUGGUGAACGUUGGAGUAAGCCUCAUGUCGCUACACUGUCCUUGCACAGCUUGAUGGAGCUUAAAGCGUGCAUUGAAAAGGGCACAGUCAUGUUCGACCUGGAGGCCUCCACUCUACCACAGGUUGUUGAAAUGAUCACUGACAGUCAGAUUGAGGCCGGUCAACUGAAGGCAGACCUGAAGGAGAAGGUCAUGUACACGCUGCUGCGGAAGCAUCGCCACCAGACCAAGAAGUCCAACCUGCGUUCUCUUGCCGAUAUUGGCAAGAGUGUCUCCAGUGCAAGUAGGCUGUUUUCAAGCCAGGAGAAUGCAGCACGCCAGCCCCUCGAGCACCCUGUGCCUUUUUCAACUCUACAAGACUCUGUGGAAUCAUGUGAGGUCAUGAGGAGCUCCAGCAUGGGACACCUCUGUAGCCCAACUACUGCCCACCGGAACCUCACCUCUAACAGCCUGAGUGACUUCUCUGACAAACCAGAGAAGGAUCAGCUGAAGAAUAAGUUCAUGAAGAAAUUGCCCCGCGAUGCCGAGGCAUCAAAUGUGCUAGUUGGAGAGGUAGAUUUCCUUGAAUCGCCCUUUGUGGCUUUUGUGCGUCUGCAGCAGGCUGUUAUGCUGGGGGCUCUCACUGAAGUCCCUGUGCCCACAAGGUUUCUCUUCAUCCUAUUGGGCCCCAAAGGGAAAGUAAAGAGUUAUCGUGAAAUUGGAAGAGCCAUUGCUACCCUGAUGUCAGAUGAGGUAUUCCAUGAUAUCGCCUACAAAGCAAAGGACAGGAAGGACCUGCUGGCUGGUAUUGAUGAGUUCCUGGAUGAGGUGAUCGUCCUGCCUCCUGGCGAGUGGGACCCUGAUAUCAGGAUAGAGCCUCCCAAGUCUCUGCCUUCCUCAGACAAGAGGAAGAACAUGUAUUCUGGAUUAGAGGCACCACAGAUGAAUGGUGACACUCCUCAUGAUACAGGACAUGGAGGAGGAGGAGGUGGGCACGAAGUCGGAGAGGAGCUUCAACGCACAAGAAGGUUUUGUGGGGGUCUCGUCCUGGAUAUCAAGAGGAAGCUGCCAUUUUUUGCCAGUGACUUCUACGAUGCACUGCAUAUCCAGUCUCUGUCCGCCAUCUUGUUCAUUUAUCUGGGCACAGUCACCAAUGCAAUCACAUUUGGAGGCUUGCUUGGAGAUGCGACAGAAAACAUGCAGGGAGUGUUGGAAAGUUUCCUGGGCACGGCACUGACAGGAGCAGUGUUCUGUCUGCUGGCUGGACAGCCCCUGACUAUUCUCAGCAGCACAGGCCCAGUGCUUGUCUUUGAAAGACUCCUCUUCACUUUCAGCAAAGACAAUGGCUUUGACUACCUUGAGUUCCGGCUGUGGAUUGGCCUUUGGUCAGCUGUAUUCUGUCUGGUGCUGGUCGCCACUGACGCCAGCUUCCUGGUGCAGUAUUUUACACGUUUCACAGAGGAGGGCUUCUCUGCUCUCAUCAGCUUCAUCUUUAUCUACGACGCUUUUAAAAAGAUGAUAAAGCUGGCCCACCACAACCCAAUCAACACGGAAUACAAUAUAAACCUUGUCACUCAGUACGGCUGCCACUGCGUUCCAGGUAACUCAUCAGGACCCCUUGAUAUUUCUGCCUGGACAAACAGUACUGACCUGCCAGAGAAUGCCACCUGGGCGUCACUCACCAAAGAGCAGUGUGAGAAGUUUGGAGGGCUGCUGGUCGGAGACGCCUGUAACUACGUGCCUGACAUCACCCUGAUGUCCUUCAUCUUGUUCUUUGGAACCUAUGCCUGCUCCAUGGGUCUGAAGAAGUUCAAGACGAGCAGAUUUUUCCCCACAACAGUGAGGAAGCUAAUCAGUGACUUUGCAAUCAUCUUGACCAUUCUUCUCUUCUGUGGCGUGGACGCCUUUGUUGGUGUGAACACUCCAAAGCUCAUUGUGCCUAGUGAAUUCAAGCCCACGAGUCCACAAAGGGGCUGGUUUAUUCCUCCGUUUGGAGGAAACCCCUGGUGGGUGUAUUUGGCAGCUGCACUCCCUGCCCUGCUGGUCACCAUUCUGGUAUUUAUGGACCAGCAAAUCACCGCUGUGAUCGUCAACAGGAAAGAGCACAAACUCAAGAAAGGGGCAGGGUACCACUUGGACCUGUUCUGGGUUGCCAUCCUGAUGAUAGUUUGCUCUUUCAUGGGGCUGCCAUGGUACGUAGCCGCCACGGUCAUCUCCAUUGCACACAUCGAUUCUCUGAAAAUGGAAACCAAGACGUCGGCACCCGGAGAGCAGCCCAAAUUCCUGGGUGUCAGGGAACAAAGAGUCACUGGUAUCUUGGUGUUCCUGCUGACGGGACUCUCUGUCUUCAUGGCUCCUAUCCUCAAGUUCAUUCCCAUGCCUGUGCUCUACGGUGUUUUCCUCUAUAUGGGUGUAGCAUCACUCAAUGGUGUCCAGUUCAUGGAUCGUCUGGAGCUGCUCCUCAUGCCUGCCAAACACCAGCCAGACCUGAUUUACCUUCGCCACGUCCCUCAGAGACGCAUUCACCUCUUCACCUUCAUCCAAGCCCUGUGUUUGGCACUCCUGUGGAUCCUCAAAUCCACUGUUGCUGCCAUCAUUUUCCCUGUCAUGAUUUUGGCGUUGGUUGCUGUCCGAAAGGCCAUGGACUACGUUUUCUCCCAACACGACCUCAGCUACCUGGAUGAUGUGAUUCCAGAGAAAGAUAAGAAGAAGAAAGAGGAUGAGAAGAAAAAGAAAAACAAAAAGAAGGGAAGCAUUGAUAGUGAAAUGGACUUUUCUGACUACCCCUACCAUGAAAAUAUCCCCACAAUAAAAAUCUCUUUGGAUAUGAUGGAGCAGGAGCCCAUGUUGGGGGAUAAAUCUUUGGAUAGAGAUCAGUCGCAGAUUUUCCUUAACCCCCAUUCACCGUGCUGAGCACUAUUUUAAGUCUCCCUCUGUGUAAUCUUGACAGCGGUUCAUACACAUACGGUUCACCUCGGAUUCGAAUCGACCGGGAGGAUAACGGUUUCCUCUGGAAAAGGGGCUCUGAAACUGAGCUGUGAAAGCACAACAUUGCAAACAUAGCCAUCCUCAUAUCUUUCUACCACAGUGCCGCUUCAUAACGGUAUUUUUAAUAUUAUUGAUGUAAAAAGUUAAAUUCAAAUAGUUAGAUGUGAAUGUAUUAACGUGUUGGUACCAAAUUUUAACGAGGGCUCAAGCAAGAUCUGUUUGACCCUUAUUCAUCUGUGCAAUGUUUUGCAGUAAACACAAAGGGCUACUAAAGUUCAUCUGUAUGCAGUUUUUGCAGGGCAUCAAUGUCUUAUCAAAUCCAUUUUUCAACCAUCAAUUUUAAGAUGCACACUCUUUAAUUAGUUCAUUCUUUAUACUGAACUCUACAUUUAUUCUCACUUUGUACAUAUUAGCAAGAACUCCCCAAAGUUUUCAGCUGAAUAUUUUUUAUAUAAAUUAUACCAAAUAUAAAAGUUUGUCUUCUUAUAAUGUUUUUGGUAGAUUUAUUAUAUUGUUUUUUUUUUAGGGUUUAAAUUGUAACUACUGAAAACUUGAGACAUAAUGGAGGUACUGCAUCCGGACAAAAACACAGAUCCUCCUUUACUUUUUUCAACUACAAGGGCUACACAGUCAUCUAUGCACACAAGCAGACUGUAACUUUGUGUUAAUGGGCAUAUUUAUAUUUAUCAAAUAUUCAUUUAAAGCUCCAUAUUCAUGUCUUCAUGAUUCGUCUCAGUUUGAUAACAUAGACUGGAAUUUCCUUUUUUUUAUUCUUCCUUUUCUCCCCUUUUUAACUAUAUUUAUUAUAUUUAAACUCACAGCAAAACACAUUUUUGGCUGAAUUUAACGAAUGACUUUAAUGUCACCUGUGGUGGGUAUCUUGAAAAUAUUUUCGCCAUCAUCGGUAUCCACUUAGUUGUCUUUUCCCUGUUUUCGGGAGUUCUAGAUUUAUGAUACCUUUAUGUAGCUCUACCUCUGAUUCUAUCUAGGUACCAGGCAUAAUAUGUAUACUGCAUCUGUUGUGUAAUGAGUUGUGAUCAAACACUGGUUUGAGCUUAUCACUUUUAAACUGGCACUGUUAAAGGAUCUCUGAAUCUUCAUUUUUAGUUUCCUUUUGUUCUGUGACUCUUACGAUAUUGUAUUUUUGUUUCUUUGUCAAUAUGAAAUAACUGAAAUUCAACUGCAAUGUUUUGAAGGGUAAUUCAACUGCAAUUUCCACAAAAUGCUCUAUAAGUAGUUUUUUUAAUGACUAAAACUUGCAUUAUUCAAGUAAUAAAACCAAUUCUUUCUUGAUUUGUUUAAAUUUAAUUUAAUAAUAAAUCUAAUUUAUUUUAGGUGGGGUGGAAAGUGUAUUUUAAUGCAUUUUGUGGAUGCAAUGUGACAACCAACUCCAUCCUUCCUAGAAAUCUGUUUUUGGAUAAAUCUUUAGUUUUAAAAUGCUAUUUUAUCUAGUGGCUGUUAAUGUUAUGUUUAAUCUUCAAGUACUUCUCUGUAUUAAAUGAUGUAACUCUGUUUUUUUUUUAUUUAUUAUUAAUGCAAAUGAAAAAUGACUGUGAGAGAUGUGCUACAACUCCUAGUUGUGGAGGAAGUGGAGGAAGGACCUUUUUAUGAGAUACUACAGUCAUUGCAUUAUCUAUAUUCCAUUUAGCAAUGAAAUGCACAAUGUUUAAUGUCUUAGAUUAGUCAAAUUACUUGAUUAUGCUUCUGUUGCAGGUUGAAAUGCACAUUGGUACCAAGUUCUAUUGAUGUAAGAUACUAAUGCAUAUCUGAGUGUAAGGAGUCACAGUCAUUUGAAAUAUACACAUAUAAUCCCGCAACAAUAAGAACAUACACAAUCAGUUUAGUUUCUGAUCAGUUUUGCAAAAGAUUUUGAUUAAUCCUUUCAUAGUCAAAAUGUGAAGCUCAAGACUGUUAAAGUUGCUGUGACCCAAAAAGCACACUGUCUUCCAAUCUGUAAUCUGCACAUCUCAUCCUUUUUAGCUUUCUGGUUACGAUUCUGUUAUUGUUGUAUUUUUGAUGCAUUAAUGCUGAAACCAAUUUUAUACAAGUAUCUUAUGUGCUCAAAUAACCAUAGGUUACUCAGAAGGAAGAAAUUCUCAUUGUUUUUCUAUAAAAUAGGUUAAAAUGAAAACAAUAAAAAAAUUCCAAAUGAUUCUUUAAUAAGUUGUUGUGUUUUAUUUACUCAUGUGUUAAAAUGGAUCUACUGAUGGAGUGCUAUAAAAAUAUCUGUAUAUUGAUUUUGGUGACAUAAUAUGUAGUCCUUUUCUUUUCGUCUUUUCUCCUAUAAUAAUUUCAGCUUAUUCACAUGUGGCUUUACAGACUAGAAAUAAAGGUUUUAAACCCACCAGUUUAUCACCAUUAAAUGACUCUCUUGGAGUGCUUCACAGGUCGCAGUAAGUCAAGUAAAGCUGUAUGACAGGUGCAUUAGCUUUUGAUGAAAUGCUCAUUUCAGACUCGUUCAGUUCUUUCUUUAGAAAUCACCUAAAAUGUUCACAGCAGACAAGUUAGCAAAGCUAAUCUGCUCCGAAAUCCAUGAAGAGCAGGUUUGUGUGAAAUGUGUAGACUUCUGUAUGUAGCAGUCAUUUUUUAAAAGAUUAAUUUGGCUGAAGACAAAAUCAUUACAACCUGUGGUUGGUGUUCAGUGUCUCUGCAAAGAUAAGAAAGACAAACCACAAAGUUUCCAUGAUCAUGUGACUUGAGUCGGCUCUAAUUAAGCAAAUUGCCUCAUUAGUCACUGUUCUCACUGCCAAGAGGCAAAAAUGUGUAAUUAUUAACUCCUCCUUGGUGUGAGAGAGACUUUUUUUUUGCUUCUGACAUCUGCCCAAGUUAAUGUUAAUGGAUAUUACAUAUGUUCAAGUAACUGACAAUAAUUAUAGCAGCUUUAAACCGCAUCAAGACUAACUAUCAAGCAUGAACCUUUGUUUCACAUAACAAAUUUGUUCUCAAAUGUUACAAAUAAAAAAUGUAAGUUACAUUCAUAGUAUAUAUUUAUUGCAUUUAGCUGUCAUUUAUGCUCAUGUUAUGCAUAUAUGUCAACAUUUCAGUGCGCAAAAGGUCAAGUACCGUACAUACUGUAUCUUGAACAUGUGUUAAAUUGACAUAUUUUGUCUCAAGGGGGCAGUGGUGACCCUUCUCAACCUGCAGCAGCCCAGCCCUUUCUCAAUAUGCAGACGUAAAAGUUAUGUUUGGUACCAUUCUCAGCAGAAAUGCUGAUAUAUGACAAAGAAUAAUAAGAAAACCUUUAUUAGUCCCUCAGUGGGGAAAUUGCUUUGUUGCGACAGUACAGGUGAAGUAAGCAGAAGCAUGCAGGUGAUAU